AUGGUCGAAUCUCAGGCAGCUACUCCGCUGCCAAGCCAAUUGGACGCUUCGGAGAAUCUAGGACAUGUAGCUGAUAUUGUCAAUGGAAUUGACAAAUCAUCACCCGAGGAAACUCAGGCUGAUAAAUCCGAGAUGGACAUCGAUACGCAGAAUCCUGAAAAGACUGCCGUGAUCCGACGAAGUCCUUCCAUUGACAUGAUAACUUCCCCUCCACCAACCAUCGAGGAACCAAUCUCCGAACCAGUAGCCGAAGAUUUGGAUUCAAAACUUGAAAGAAUUGUGGGGGCGGCUAACGCCGCUAUCGAGGAAGGCAAGAAAUACUAUGUUGUCCCCGGUGUUUGGUGGAAACGUUUCCUCGCUCAAGCGUCAGACUAUGAGCCGACUAAAGAGGAUGACUUCGAUCCUUCACAACCUGUCCCGCCCAUCGACACCACACCUCUCGUUAGUCAUGUUGAGUUGCUCCCGAAUGGAAAGACAUUCCCAGUUCUCAGGGAGACCGCUCAGAUGAUUGUAGAUUUUGAUAUCGUGCCUCAGGCAGUUUGGGAUGAACUUGUCCGUGACUACGGACUCAAGGAAAAUUGUCCAGUACUCGUUAGAGAAGCUAUCAACACGGCUGAUCGAGAGGCUGUAUCGAAAAACAUUACGGUGGACCUCAACCCACCGAUUUAUACCGUCUUCAUGCUUACACCGUCGGCCAAUAUCACACACUCCCAACUCCGGGAAAGUGCACAAAAUAAGAACCCAUUGAAAAUCCUCAUAGGGAAAGCGGCGAAAUUCCAAGAGCUUUUGCUAGAUAUCAAAGGUCAGCUUGGUCUAGAAAUGAAAGACAAGAUCCGCCUAUGGAAAUUUAAAGAGUCACACGCAUUCAAGGCUCCAAACACCGCUAAAAUCGACAUGAAUUCAUUCAUAGAAUAUGAAUAUGGCACAAACAAAGAACAAAUUGACUUACCUGAUAAUACCAAACAGCUAAUGGCCGGUACAUAUAAAUCAACUAUGACGCUUGUAGAAGCCGGUAUCUCUCAAGAAAAAUUUCUUAUUGUCGAAGUAGAGGAAGAUGGAGAAUGGCCCUCGGAGCGUGUCGCCAAAGCUCUUAAACUCAAUGGUGCUAAUGGCGCGGUUGUUCGUGUUACUAAGGGUACACAAGUUACACAGAGCGUUUCGUCCGCAAAGACGACCACGGCGAACAAAGCUAAGGCCACAACUGCCAAGGCGUCUGCUCUAUCAGCUCCGGUUAUCCAGAGGAAUGUCAUGACUAGGAGAGAUGGAAGGGCAGCUGGCGCCGUUGGCUUCUCGAACUUGGGGAACACCUGCUACAUGAAUUCGGCUCUACAGUGUAUCAAAUCGGUCGAGGAGUUAUCUAGAUAUUUCAUCGAGGGCCUCCACAAAAGGGAACUAAACCCCAGAAAUCCGAUUAGUUCCGGCGGAAGGAUCGCAACAAUGUACGCCCAGCUAGUGGGUCAGGUGUACGGUCAAACAGCUGGCAGCACCGUCGCCCCCCGUGAAUUCAAGGGAGCAGUCGGGAAGCAUAAUACUAUCUUUAGCGGUUACGGCCAACAGGACAGCCAGGAGUUUGUGAGCUACCUAUUGGAUAUUCUCCACGAGGACCUCAACAGAAUCCAUCAAAAACCUGUUGUUGAAUUCCCAGACAGUACCGACGAGAUGAUUGGAAACCCUGCCGCCAUUGCUAAACUCGCGGAAGAGAACUGGGAGUUAUAUCGCAAGAGGAACGAUUCUGUCAUCAUUGAUUUGUUUGCUGGUAUGUAUAAGAGCACGGUUACUUGCCCGAUCUGCGAAAAAACUUCGAUCAAGUUUGAUCCUUGGCUCAGCUGUCAACUACCCUUACCGGUGGAGAACUUAUGGACCAAAUCCAUCACCUUUGUACCCGCUGCAAAAACCAUUUCAAAAUAUGAAAAGCUAGUUACGGUCCACGUUGAGAUGGAGAAGUUUGCCACCAUCAAGCAGCUUAAGGACUAUGUGGGUACAAGAGUCGGGGUUGGCAUCAAGAAACUCGUUGUUUCGGAAGUCUUUAGGAAUAAAUUCUACAAGCACCACGAAGACAAUAAGACCGUCUCCGAAGCCAUUAUGCCUAACGAUCAGAUUUACGUCUACGAAGUCGAGGAAACGCCUACGAAUUUCCCACCACCAAAGCGAAAGAAGCAGAGGACGUAUGGCGGCAGAUUAACUAUGUCAAAUAUGUUCAUGACCUCUUGGGAUGACGACGAGUCAGAGGAUGACUUUGACAAGACGGAGACUAAGGAGCUAUUAGUACCUAUUUUCAACCGAUUAUAUCGGGAUAACCGAAGAAUGGGAGCUGACCUCUUCGGCCUUCCGUCUUUUAUCGUUCUGAACCGAGAGGAGCAGAAAGACCCGGAUGCGAUCCUGAAGAAAUUGGUGACCAACCUGCAGAAGUUCACUACCAGUGAUAUUUAUUCCCCGGAGUUAGCACCAAAGAAACCUAGUCCACCGGCUGCGUCUACUGACACUGCUUCUUCUGAUUCGAACACUUUGGACGGAGAAGGCGAAGUUGUCGAUAUGCCUACCACAACUUCGAAGGAGAGCGACACUGAUACCAAUACUGAAGACUUUGUGGAUGUCAAGAUGGGUGAUGCGGAGUCUGAUGUUAAUGUUGAGAUGAGCGGAACACCUGCAACUACAACGACUAUGCAAAGCGAGAUUCCCUCUGAUCUUCUUGCUCUCUGGCGUACCCUUUUUAAUACCAAGAUUAUGCCCAGGAAGGGAUAUGUGGUUCUGCCGACUGCAUGGAACGGGAUUGAGUUGAACCUUGAGACUAUGAAAUCGAGGAUUGUUGAAGUCCCUGAGCCAGUAGCUAAAAAUGGUAAAUACCUGAACUCUCCUCCGGCUUCUGAUGAAGACGAUGAGGAGUCGAAGGAUGAUAUGGAGAGUGAGGAGGAUGUUACCGAACCCGCUGUUUUGGAGAAGAAAGGCGCUUUCAGCACUAUUGCACCUUCCAACUUCUAUGGAAAUGGCAACAAGUCAGCUUCCAAGAAACCAGUUUCAAAGAAAGCGGGCAAGCAGCCUGUAAUUCCGGAUCCUGUUCAACCUGCACUUAUCCGACUGGGUGAGGGGAUUGUUUGUGACUGGAACCAGGAAGCCUUUGAUGUCGUUUUCGGUGGAAGAUCCGGUGACUCUUUCCGAGGAGCCUCCCAUUUUGAUGCUCAAGAAGAGUUUGUCGACGAAGAUUUGCUGAAGAAGAGGAAAACCCGCGAGGCUCGAAGGCGCCGUGGGAUCCAUAUCGACGACUGCUUUGACGAAUUUGGGCGUGAGGAAAUUCUCAACGAUGACAACCAAUGGUAUUGUCCAAGGUGUAAAGAGCAUCGCAAUGCGAAAAAGUCGAUGCAAAUCUGGCGCGUCCCGGAUAUCAUUGCAUUACAAUUCAAGCGGUUCUCGAGUACUAGAAGUUUUCGAGACAAGAUUGAUGCGGCGAUUGAUUUUCCUAUUGAAGGGCUGGAUCUUACAGGUAGGGUACUAGAAAGCGAUGGCAAGAGUCUAAUUUAUGAUCUCAUUGCUGUUGACAAUCAUUUCGGAGGACUUGGUGGUGGCCACUAUACAGCCAACGCCAGAAACUGGGUCGACAAAAAGUGGUAUUAUUUUGACGAUUCGAGUGCUAGGCAGACGCCAGCCUCGAGUAUCAAUGGUAGCGCGGCUUAUCUCGUGUUCUACCGGCGAAGAUCUUCAGAUAUUCUUGGUGGGCCGACCAUAGAAGGUAUGCUUGAGACCUCGAUAAACCGCAACCUCGACGAUGAGAGCGAUGAUUCCCCAAACGGCCGUGGGUCCCCAAACGGGGACCCUUCCUCUUUUUCUGGAGCGCGUUACUCUUCGGGCUCGCAACUAGCUUCAUCCUCACAGUAUUAUUCGGCGGGGGACGGGUCGCGCUCCUACGGGGUUGGUGGAACCUCGUCGUCGAUAAGACAGGAGACUUUAGGAGGCGUGAGUAGAGGGGUCACUUCAUUCGCUUCCGGGCAGUCAACACCACCACCCGAAGAGAAAGUUUACCAAUCAUUCCAGAUUACCUCAGAUGACACAUAUUAUGACGCUAGCCACCCAAGCAGACCGCCGGUAACUUCGACUACAUUGUUCGGAUCGCCAUCUUCAGGUAUCGGUUCUUCGAGUGCGUAUCGGGGAUCUACUGGAGCACAAUACGAUUUUGGUUCUUCGACGGGAUUUGGAUACGGAAAUGAUGGAGGCUUGGACGCCGACGACGACGAUUUCGGGAUGGGAGGGCCAGAUUCGCCUACGUAUUUCCAGGAUUCGGAAGAUGAGGAGGUCGUGGAGUUAAUCCACGGGCCUCGGCCCUUUAAUAUGAUGUCGCCUGGUUAUUUCGACACCUACGACUCUGAUAGUAAUGUCCCCGGAUCCGGAACGCUUUCCUUUGCACCAACUUACACUGUUAUUUCGAGGAAUAGUUUACAUGUCAAGCGGUAUGAGGACGUAAGGACGGAGUUGAUGUCGACACUCUCUGAGGGGUCGUACGCCAUGACGCUUGUCAUGAAGAAGAUGGUGGGGCCAGCAAAGCCGUGCGUGUUGAUUAUUACCGACCAACUUGCUUUAGGGCCCGAGUUGGAAAUGCUGUGUGGGGGGAUGGGGUUAGAGAUGGAGAUUAUUGAUGGAGAGGUUACAUUCAACUAUGAGUUGCCGGUGCCCAUUAUGAUGACGGUUUCACCGACGAUAAAGGGAAAUAAUGAUGUUGGGGUGUUGAUUGGGCCUGCUGAUGGACCUAGGCGUUUUUCAGCGGUCAGCUUGUAUGUGAGAGAUAAGAAGGCACCCAAUGAGGUUUAUGCACUUACUACGGCGAGCGCUUUUGCCUUGAGGGAGCCAGAGACAGAGACAAAUAUUCCUCCAAGGCUACUUACGGCGCUUCUGCCGGAGGGGAGUAUUGUGAACAAGUUUGCAGGGCAAGAAGGUGCAGGGGAUGCGUUUGGAACUCUCACUGGGAUGUGUGAGUUCGAGAUUGUCGAAGUAGGAUUAGAAGAGGAGGCAACGGACAGCGCCAUGUUAAACUAUGCCCUUGUAAAAGUCAACAACAACAAGGUCGGGUCAAACGCUGUGCAUUCCAGAGGCAUUAAGCGACCUGUUUCGACGAUACUUGGAGUGGAGAGCGUGCCCGAGAAGAUGAAAGUUGUGGUUGUUCAGGGGGCUGCAGGUGGCGGGCAGAAGGAAGCGAAGUACAACGCUGUUGUGGUAGACGUACAUGAUACCGCACGAUUCCCUCAACGGCCGUUCCAGAUGUAUGCGCUCUUCGGUGAAGGGAGGGAUUUGAUCACUCCUGGGGUAUUGGGAGCCGUCUGCUGUUCACCGCAAAAGAACAAUGUGUUUGCAGCUAGUGGGAUUGUUGCGGGACGGGCUAAGUUGACGGGUGGCUACGGAGAGGGUGGUUCCAUUUUACAGUUUGUGGACAGUGUGGAUUGGAUUCUGGAGAGGAUUCGGGUAAGGUUUGAUGUCGAAUUAGAGGUCCUGCCAGCGAUGCCUUGA